AUGCCGUCAAAUGCUAAACGAGACGCCGUUAUGGAUUUUCGUCGUCCUGAUAAUGAGAAUGUGAUGUCACGCCUUUCUACCACAACACCAACACCUUUUGAUGAAGCAGAAGAGCUUGUCGUUCGGGAAAUUGCUUCUGCCGCAGCCCAAACAAUCGCUAUCACGUGGCAGGAAAUCGUGGCGGCAAGUAAAGAAGAUGAUCUGAUAACACAAGUAAUUGAAGCGUUGAAUACAGAAACUACCGAAACACUGCCAUUGAGUUACAAGAUGAUAUCGACAGAGUUGUGCUGCGUUAAUGAUGUAUUGUUGAGAGGAGAUCGAAUUAUAAUUCCACAAAAACUCCGACAAAGGGUAUUGCAGUUAGCCCACGAAGGUCAUCCGGGCAUGCGGAUGAUGAAAGGUCAUUUACGUGCAAACGUCUGGUGGCCUAAAAUGGAUCACAACAUCGAGCAAUUUGUUAAAACUUGUCAAGGGUGUACUUUAGUUUCCGCACCUAAUCCACCAGAACCAAUGGUUCGCAAGGAAUUACCAUCACGCCCGUGGGAGCAAAUUGCGGUUGAUUUUCUGGGGCCUCUACCAGAGGGAGAAUACCUUUUUGUUUGCGUUGACUUCUACAGUCGAUAUUUAGAAGUAGUGGAAAUGCACGAUAUAACAACAGCAUCUACAAUUGACCAACUACUUAUAAUGUUCUCUCGAUACGGACUGCCGGUAUCUUUGAGGGCAGAUAAUGGGCCCCAAUUCUCAUCGGAAGAGUUCCGCAAUUUUUGCGAGGAGCAAGGAAUUCGUUUGGAAAGCACAAUUCCCUACUGGCCUCAAAUGAAUGGGGAGGUAGAGCGUCAGAACCGUUCCAUCCUUAAGAGAUUGCGUAUCGCACAAGAACUAGGUAAAAACUGGCGUAAGGAGCUUCGCCAAUAUCUGCUCACGUAUCAUUCUGCAAUACAUCCAACGACUGGAAGGUCUCCGUCGGAACUGAUGUUUGGACGACGCACACCACUUCUGUCGAGAUCUUCCGUUGAGGAUCCAGGGUUUGCCGUCUUCUUCGAUGGAGGAACCGUCUUUUUGGAUGGGGGAACCGUCUUCUUGGAUGAAGUUACCGUCUUCUUAGAUGGUGGGUGA